AUGCGCCGGAGCCGGUACUUUCGCGCGCCGCCGUCCGCCGACGUCAGUGGCGGCGCAGCGACCACGUGCGCGAUCUGCCUGCAGGCGGUCGUGACCGGCGCUUCGAUUGCGUGCCGCCAUCGGUUCUGCUUUGCUUGCAUUCGCGCGUGGGCCAACGUUUCGUCGACGUGUCCGCUGUGCAAAGUAGACAUUCGUGCGAUCCUCAACGAAGCGACCAAGACCGAGGUCGUUGUCGCACAUAAAGUCCAAGCGCCGCCCGCGGAGAACGAAGACUUUGCACUUGCCGACGACGACUUUGCACUUGCGCUGGACGAUGGCAGCGACGGCUACGAAAUGGACGGCUUUGUCGUCCCGAACGACUUCGUCGAGUUUGCAGAUAGCGAGGACGAGAAGGAUCUGCGUACGUCACCAUAA